GAGGAGGAGAAGGCAGAAGAGGAGGAGGAGAAGGCAGAAGAGGAGGAGGAGGAGGUGGAAGAGGAGGAGGAGGAGAAGGGGGAGGAGGAGGAAGCAGAGGAGGCGGCGGAGGUGGAAGAGGAGGAGGAGAAGGGGGAGGAGGAGAAGGCAGAAAAGGAGGGGGAGGAGGAGGUGGAAGAGGAGGCGGCGGCGAAGGGGGAGGAGGAGGAGGCAGAGGUUUAGAGGGGUGAUUGUGAAGGGCCUUAUUUCUUAUUUUUGGGGCGACCAUUUGAGCCAUCGUAUGAAUUGCUCAUUUGGGCGAUCCAUAUGUAAAUAAAAUUCAGAUGUUGUAGGGCAAAAAAAAAAAAAGGUCCACAACAAGAAGGACCGACUAUGGACGACUGUUGGACAACAAUGCUGAAGUUCACAAUGCUUGGCAACACGGCUCAUAGUACUUUCAUACAAAAGGAGGGCGAAGACCCCUCCUAAAUAAAUUUAAGAUUCGAAC